UGUGGUAUCGGCAAUAUCGACAUUUGGAUUAAUUUGCACGUCUCGAGUUACCGCUGUCAGAAAAAGCGUCUGCCGUUCAAACAUUCAAUAUCAAAUAGCGUGGACAUUAACGUGUUUGGCGCAGCUGGACUUGAACAGGAGGGCUUAGAAAGAAGAACAAAAAGUAGACCGAAGAACAAAUUGGAUGGGCAAGACUGAUUGAGACAACAACAACAACAGAACUACAUCAGCAAAUUGGGUCUCCAUGUUGCUGCAAUUCACCAAUAUGUGUGUGUGAGUGACAGGAAGAAAAUGGCUCUAGUCUCACAAGCGGUGAGCGACAUGUCUAAUCGACAUAUUGAGAAGCUCGUAGCCCAGUGGGCCACGUUUGUGAGUCAAAAGAAGAGGAAAAAACGCAAGCCCCACCCUGUAUCGCCCCUUGUGUGCCCACCCAGGCACAGCUUUGCUUUUUACAUCUUGUCGAAAUCAUUUAAGGCACAACUGAGAGAUCUGCUUUCUCAUGGUCCAAUUUGGGUCAGUGACCUUCAAAGCUGCUACCAGCACCGCUUUGGUGGCCCGCUGCGAUCCUUCAAGUUUGGCUACUACACCAUCAAUAAGCUACUGGAGUCCGUCUCGGAUAUGAUCUACUUUCAGCUCACCAACAUGGGCGCCACUAUCACCUUAAGAGAGAACAUGGCUCCACUCGACGAUUUGCCAAUGAUUGAGAACAUUAACUUCCCCAUCCCUAUACCAUCAGAAGAGGGUGACAGUGGACAGUGCAUGGUUGACUUAGACUGGGACAUCAACCAGCAAGGAAGAGUGGCACAGCAGGGCCAAGUUUCACGUUUCCAAGGAAUAUUGGAAGAAGAUGUUCUACCUGUGGCGGUCUGUCAGGCUGAAACAGGAUACAUCAGUGUGGACACUAGGGAGGGAGCAUGCGGGAGGAACUUUCAAAGCUCUGUGAACUUUGAGGUGUGGUCUCCUGCGUUGUUCAGCAGUCCCAAUUCGGCUUCAGACGUCCUGAUCAAUCAGCGCCUCAAGCAGCCCACACAGCACACCACUCGAGUGCUGGCAACCAUAACUGUGGCGCACAUAGAGUCGCCGGGACACUUCUACAUCAUUUUCUCCGAGAGUAGUGAGACGUGUGCUUUUCAGAACAUGAUGUUGGAGAUGAGACAAUAUUACAGCGUUCCCGACGUGUGCACAGUCCAGUGUCUUCCCCAGCGAUUGAUCCGAAGGGGUCAAGCCUGUUGCGUGUCAGGCAUGGGCAUCUGGUACUACCGAGCGGUGAUAGACCUGAUCAUUAGCUCAACGCAAGUCACUGUGUACUAUGUCGAUUUUGGAAACAAGUGUGAAGAGCAAAAUGUCAACCUGAAGUUCCUCAUGAUGUUUUUUGCCCAUCUUCCAGCACAAGCUGUCCCCUCAUCACUCACUAGAAUCAAACCCAUCACUAACAACUGGACUCCUGAGGCCACUGACUCUUUCCGGGAGCUUAGUUUUGGACAAAGUCUGGUGGGCGCCCUUGAAGGUUACACGGGCGACGUGUUGCAGCUCUACCUUUCCAAUAAUUAUGCCGACUACUACUUCCAUGACAUCCUGCUGAGCCAGGAACACUGCGUGGCCUGCAAGCCCUCGGCCAGCGCUGCGCUCUGUGUUAAGGACAGUCCAGUGAGUCUGUACUUGGGGGAAGGCAUGAUUUUCCUGCAAGACGAACAGACGACAGCACCGUAUAAUCUUGGUGCCCCCAGCAUGCCAGUUGAAGUGGAACAGGUGCCAUUGAUGCCAAGUGAUAGUAUUACGGACAACAUAUUCAACUCCGACUUCCAGCGCAACCUAUUUAGCGAUCAGAUGACCAACCCACCCCUCAGCUGUGAAGAACCAAGCCUAAACGUGUCUGAAAGUCCCCACCAAGCCCUCUUCAACCCUCCAGAUAUUUUGUCCAUACACAAAGCUGGGGAUAAUCCUGAAACUCCCAAAGACGACACUUUCAGGUCCGUCAGCACUGAAUCACCCGUCUUUGCGACUCCUUUGACUUUGGACCUCUAUGUUCACGAUCAGAGUCUACUUCAGGACAGCUUGGAGGGUACACGCUCAUUCCAAUGUUCUUUCUUCAUGAAGCAUACAAUUACAAAUUUUGCCUAUCAUUCACAGUUCUUAUACAGUAUGAGGUUUAAUAUCAGACAAUUCAGCUGUGAGGUUGAUAGUCGAAUCAGACUCUUCUGAGUCGAAUCUUUGACUAAUUGAAAACAGCCCUAGUGAUUACAUUUGAAGUCUAUAACAAAGAUGCAUGACAUUGGAACUAUUGCAAUAAUUUUAUUUUUUCAUAGUAAUUAGGUAUAUUUUAUAAAUCGCGUAUUAACAAAUAUUUCUUCUGGUGUCCAGAUAUUGAUAUGUCUGCAUUCACUGACAUAUCUGCAGAUCUGGACAUAUCUGCCCUCUUGUGCGACGUCAUUACUCUGUAUGACCCAGUGGAAUGUUGAGCUUCCUUCAUGUUGGUUCCUAACUACUUCAUUGUGAAAGAAAGAACUUUCCAUGAUAAUUUAUUUAAUUGUAAUGUUUUUGUUCAUAAUUUGAAAAUGUUCAUGUUCGGUCCUUUAGUUCAGUUUAAAAUUUGAACUGUUGUUUGUGAGUGUGUUUUUCCUUACAAUGUUCAUCAUAGAUAUUCAAAGUUUAAACAUACAGUAUUUAUGGAUGUUUAUACUGAAUGGAAGAAAUGUUCAUAUUUAAUCUUGCGUUUAGUAAAUGUUUACAAAACUAAAACCCAUUCACACUUGGUUCAAACAUACCCAUCAGCAAGAUAUAUGUAUACCUGUAUGUAUGUUGUAUAUGUAUGUAAGCCAUCGUUUUUAAAAAAAAAAAAACCCUAGCUGUAGUUUGCAUCUCCUCCCUGUGUUUGCGUGGGCUUCUUCUACAGGUACUCCAGCCAUCUCCCACAUCUCAUAAAACUUUGAAUGUUUUGUUAAUUGUAUUCAGGGUUGUCAAACAAAUUUUCAUUGAGGGGCACAUUCCAGUUAUUGCUGCCUUCAGAGGGCCGUUUGUAGCAGUGGAUAAUAUAUGAUUAUAGAUGUAUGGAUUCACCUUAUGAUAAUAUUACACACUUGCCUAUGCAUUUGAUUACAGUAGAAUUUGUAUUUUUUACCUACACUGUAAAAAUAAAUCGAUAUAGAGGUCGAUUUUGCUGGCAGCUCCUUCACCAGGAUUUUAUUGUAAAAUGUACUGAUUUUAAAGCAUUUACUGUAAAUGGAAAAACGUACUACAGUUGUUUAAGGUAACAUUCUGACGACUGAGCUGCCAGUUUUAUUACUGUAAAAUGUAUUGUAAUUUGUACAGUGCAGUUGCAUGGAUAACUUGCUUUAAAGUAAAAAAAAAAAAAAAAAAGUUGUGCAAUGUAUG